AUUGGCAAUCUCCCUACUCAUCUCUGCUUAUAUUGUCUCUUAUGAUUUACAAGAUCGAUUUCAGUACAAAAGUAUCGAUCCUCACUAGAUCGAACAUGAUCGAUAUAAAUAUCAAAAAUUAAUUUAUUGAAAAAUAUCGAUACGGGUAGUAUCGAUUUCAAUCAAAACAUCCCGUUAAUGUUCAGUUGCCGUCAGUUGCCGGAGUUGCCGUUAGACAGUGAAACUAGGUGCUCACGUUGUAGUCCACUGACGCCAUGUUUUCAAUUACGUGUUUAGUCAUUUUUACCCUUUUGGGAACCACUAUUGGCAUAGUACAAUAUCAGCCUGAAGGAAUACAUAUUGCAUAUGGUGAUAACAUAUUUAAUAUUGUGGUGACAUGGAGUACAAUGGACGACACACAUGAAUCUAUUGUUGAAUACGGCAUUGAUGGCUUUAUCUUAACUGCACAGGGCAAUUCGACACUCUUUGUUGAUGGUGGAUCACAAAAGCACAAGCAAUAUAUCCACAGAGUAUGGCUAAGAGACUUGACACCUGGCAGUAAAUAUGUUUAUCACUGUGGAAGUCGAUAUGGUUGGUCAGAUGCGUUUUAUUUUGUAACUGCACCUGACUCGUCCUCCUGGACACCACACAUUGUGAUAUUUGGUGACAUGGGAAAUGAAAAUGCCCAAAGUUUGACAAGACUACAGGAAGAAACACAACGGGGACUGUACGAUGCAGCUAUUCACGUUGGCGACUUUGCCUAUGACAUGGACACUGAUAAUGCGCGAAUAGGUGACGAGUUCAUGAAACAAAUUGAAGGAAUUGCUGCUUAUUUACCGUAUAUGACAGUACCCGGAAAUCAUGAAGAAAAAUAUAACUUUAGUAACUAUAGAGCUCGGUUCACAAUGCCUGGUGAUUCCGAAGGAUUAUGGUAUAGCUUUAAUGUGGGUCCAGUACAUUUUAUAGCCAUUGAAACUGAGGCUUAUUAUUUUAUGAAUUAUGGAAUAAAACAACUAGUCAAACAGUAUGAAUGGCUUGAUCAAGACCUUCGUGAAGCUAAUAGACCCCAAGUGAGAGCAAAACGACCAUGGAUUGUGACAUUUGGGCAUAGACCGAUGUACUGUAGUAACAAGAAUACAGAUGAUUGCACCAAUCAUCAAUCUCUAGUCAGAGUUGGUCUUCCAUUUUUGAACUGGUUUGGCCUUGAGGAUUUGUUUUUUAAGUACAAAGUUGAUAUACAAUUAUGGGCUCACGAACAUAGCUAUGAGCGCAUGUGGCCAAUGUAUAAUUUCAAAGUCUACAAUGGAAGCUAUGAAGAGCCAUACAAAAAUUAUCGUGCACCUGUUCAUAUUGUAACUGGAUCUGCUGGUUGCAAGGAAGGCCGUGAAAACUUUACAUAUGUACAACCUCCUUGGUCUGCCUUCCGGAAUGCUGAUUAUGGAUAUACCAGAAUGAAGGCAUUUAAUCAGACUCAUCUGUAUUUGGAGCAGGUAUCCGAUGACAAAGAAGGCGCUGUAUUAGACCAACUAUGGCUCAUAAAGGAUAACCCAGUGCCAUCAUAUUUCAGAAAUUAGACUCUCUUUCCGUGUUAUCUACAUCGUAAUUGAUAUAUCUCAUUAUUAUAAAUAUAAACCCUUGGGUUGUUUAAAUGAUCUUUGGUUGCGAAAUUAAGCACACGAAUGUUAAUUGCUUUAGCGGCGCUGCAACCCAAGAUUAUUCAAUAAAUUCACUUCUCAGUAACUUCGAAAUGGCUGGAUGGAUUUUAGACUGCAAGGUCUUAAAAUAUUAAGAGCAAAAAUGAGCUACAUUUUCUUAUACCAACAGAAAAUGAUGUUCCAUUAAAAAAAAAAAAUACUUAACGUGCCGUAUUUCAAAAUCAAAUGAAUAUUUAAAAAAUCAUUUAGAUGAAAAAUAAACCCCCUUGAAACCAUA